CCUUGGGCUGUGCUGUGUGGAACACCUGAUAUAACCGGCCCGAAGAAAGUCGGCGUGAGGAAGAAUCCCGAUGGGAGUCGAAUAACGGGUGCAGUUCUUCUGUCCAGCGAAAUUGUCUUGAAUGAAGGCGACGUCUUGAGGGAAGCACCGACCCCACUUGAAGAGGAGGACGAAUGCCUGCUGUAA